UACUAUACCGACAGUUAAAACCACUGUCCCCAGCAAAACAGAACGAGGGGCUUAGCAGCUUUUGCAAGUUAUGCCAGGACUCGGGUUCCACACCUAAAAGCUGUCGUUAUAAUUCAUAAAGUACCACGGGGGGGUGUUGAAGAUAAUUUACAUGAAUCCUCCAAUUUUUCCCCCAGGAUGGGUUGCCCCCAAUCCAUGCUAGAACGAUUAAGCAGUGCCUGGGAUGUGGGGGUGGGGGUAAGUGUCAAAGAGAAAUCGCCCAGCCAGGCACGCCAAGGUCCACCCACUUCCCCCGCGCUGCGCUAUAAAAGGGAGCGGUGGAGCGCAGCUCGGCAGUGGUUGCUCCAGACACACAAAGACAGAGCUCUCGCUCCUCAGGAAACCCUGCGAGUUCGGAUCGCUACUGCAAGAACGUUUGUCUCAGUGGAUUAGCCUCACUGUCAGGAGUUCAGCCAGAAUGAAACUGGUUCACGUAGCCCUGCUCUAUCUCGGCUCUGCGACCUUCUUCGGGGUGGAUGCUGCAAGGGUGGACGUAGCGACAGAGUUCAAAAGAAAAUGGACGAAAUGGGCACUGAGCCGAGCCAAGCGGGACGUGAAGCCCUCGGGCGCGCUCCGAGCUCUGGGAGCAGCCGCCGCCGUGCAGCCACUCGUACGGCCCCAGGACGUGAAGGAGGAUCCCCGCGUCUCGCAUUCCAGCAGCCGGGAGGAUGCUCACAUCCGCGUCAAGCGCUACCGCCAGAGCAUUAACAGCUUCCCCCACUUCCAAGCCAUCCGCACGGGGUGCCGCUUCGGGACGUGCACGGUGCAGAAGCUGGCCCACCAGAUCUACCAGCUGACCGACAAGGAUAAGGACGGCGCCGCCCCCGUCAGCAAGAUCAGCCCCCAGGGCUACGGCCGCAGGCGGCGCUCCCUGCGCUCCCCCCGGACUCUGCGGGCGCUCCCCCGCGCACCCGCGCUGGGGGUGUGAGCGCCUCGGCCGGCUGCACUCAGGCACGGACACUCCGGGAGCUCGUGGAGGACUCGCGGAGAGCGUCCGUUCGGGCGGGACCCCGGCGCGCCCUCCCGGGGCCGGGGGCGGCGGGGCAGCGAGGACCGGCGGGACGCGCCGCCGGUGGUGCCGCCGCCGAGGGAGCUGUGAGAGCCCCGCCGGGGCGCUCCCGGUCUCCUCGCCCUCCCCGGGCGAGGCCCCGCCGCCGCCGCCUGGGGCUGGAAGGCGGCCGCCCCUCGCGCCGUGCUCGCCGCCGGGGACCGGGACUGGGCCUUCGUCGCCGGGAGGCUGCGCCCUGCGCUGCCCGGCUCCGGCCGCCCCGAGGAGGGGCGCUCGGGGGAGCCCCGCAGCCGGCCCCCGGGCAGGCCAGGUCGCCCCCACCUGCUCUACCCUCUGCGCUGUCUGCACCCGGCAGGGAAUCGGACACUCACUAGUCCCUGCGGGGACUGCGAUAUACUUGAACGUCACAGAGAGGAAAAGUGCAAUUGUACGUGGUUUUUGUUAAUUAUGUGCGGUGCGGUGUGUGUGGAUCAUGAGAUACGUAUCGAUAUUUAAGAUUGUCCUGUGUCAUGUCCUGUUUGUAUCUUUUUUGGAAAAUAUAUUUUAUUUUUAUACGUUUAUAUAUAUAUAUUGCAUAUGGGCAUUUUAAAACAUUGUAUCCCCUCUAUUUUUCAUAUCGUGAAUGUCAAACGUUGUUAAACUCUUUUUCCAUACCUUUUUUAUCUCGCAUUCCAGACUGGUGGAAGAUGUAGAGAAUGUAUCAGCUGUUCUCCAUGGGUAAUAUGUGAAAUAAAGUAAACACUAUUAC